UAGACGAUUUCCGACGCAGCACCGGAUGUUGCCAUAACAGCUGAGAGCACCAUCAACAUAGCACCAAAACAGACGGACGGUCUGAAAGAAGGCUUAGGGGGAAAAAAAACCCUUGACACAGACUACAGAGUAAGAAGGUCCAUCGAAAUUUAUAAGUGAAAUUAGCUUGUUUAAAAACAAACAAGCUGCUAAUCCCAAGUUAAAAGAAGGAAAAGGAAAAGAAAACGGUGAGACGUCGUCACGUACAAACAACUGAUUAGCUUAAGAGCCAUGGGCCGCAUCUUCCUGGACCACAUUGGAGGCACUCGCCUCUUCUCCUGUGCCAACUGUGACACAAUCCUGACCAACCGCUCAGAGCUCAUCUCCACACGCUUCACAGGAGCAACAGGCCGAGCUUUCCUCUUCAACAAGGUGGUGAACCUGCAGUACAGCGAUGUUCAGGACCGAGUGAUGCUCACUGGGCGGCACAUGGUCCGCGAUGUCAGCUGUAAAAACUGCAACAGUAAGCUGGGCUGGAUCUAUGAGUUCGCCACUGAAGACAGUCAGCGCUACAAAGAAGGGCGUGUCAUCCUAGAGAGAGCGCUUGUAAGAGAGAGUGAGGGAUUUGAGGAACAUGUGCCAUCUGAUGCUUCCUGAAUCUCUCUUCUCUUUUAACUCUCUCUCUCGAAAUCUCUUUCUCUCUCUUGCGCUGCUCAUCUCAGUCACUGCCGUGUUCGAACACAAUCUGAACAUCUGAACAAUGUAUCUGCUUCUCACAAGCCAGUCUGGCAUUGCUUAGAGACUGCUAAUAAACAAAACCAAUUCAGCAGCACGUUCAUGGCUUUAUAUAUUGCUCUAUAAAGCAACAGAACCAUACCUGUGACCUCGACAGAUCUGUAAAGCAACCAAACAAUCCAGGCACCCCUGUAUGUCGCUAUAAAAACAGCAAACCAAGCCUGUUAUCCAGCAGCCACUCUGUAGAUCCAUAAAGCCAGCAAGAUAAACAAACAAACAAAAUAUCUGGCAGACUGUUUAAAGUUUAUUCAGGUACACUUGCAGUUUAGGCUUUAUAUAUCUGGAUUUGAGCUAGUAAUUAAUGCUUAGAACAGGUAGAGGUUAUCUCUGUGAGGGAUGUAUUUGCUAGUUCAGCAGAAUGCAGUGUCACUUUUUUUGCCAAGAUGCUGAUGUCUUUGAUUCCAUUUUCUCAGAGCAUAUCCUAUUUCAGCCCUCAAAUAUAGAGAGUGACACAAAGGGAAGACAGAGUGUAGAUGGUUGCUCGCUAUUUAUACACCUUGUUUUGGAAUUGGUUGAUAGUAAGGACCCUAUGUUAAUGGUAAACACAGUCCAGCACCAUUUUAAUUAGCAUUAUUCUUUUUCUUGUUUUUAGUUGAGUGACGUAUAUAUUAUUUGUCUUCUUUUCCGUGGUGAUAAAUGUGUUCAUUUGAUCUUAAUAAAAUGGUCUUGCUCAAGCAUUA